AACCACCAUCCGCGGAGUGAGAGCAGAGGCCACUCGACUAAUGGAUGCCGUUCUGGUGUCUCUGCGGAACACUUCCGCUGGGGUUCUUACGUCCCUCCCUCUCGGCCUCCUCACUGUGGCCAUCGUCGUCGGAAAGCUUCUUAUCGGUGGGAGACGAAGCUUGAAGCGUCCCCCAGCUGUCCCUGGGCUACCUUUGAUUGGGAAUCUGCAUCAGCUCAGGGAGAAGAAGCCGCACCAGACCUUUGCGAAAUGGGCCGAAACUUAUGGGCCUAUCUACUCCAUCAGAACAGGAGCCUCUACCGUGGUGGUCCUCAACUCAGCCGAAGUUGCCAAAGAGGCAAUGGUGAUUAGAUUCAACUCUAUCUCGACUCGAAAGCUUUCAAAUGCGCUGACAUUGCUCACUUCCAACAAAUCUAUGGUUGCCACAAGUGACUAUGGCGAGUUCCAUAAGAUGACGAAGCGCUAUAUCCUCGCCAGCGUCUUGGGAACAAAUGCUCAGAAGCGAUAUCGUGGCCUCAGGGAGACCAUGAUAAAUAACAUCGUAAAUAUGCUGCAUUUGGAGAUAAAGGACAAUCCUCAAAGUGCAGUGGAGCUCAGGGAGCCGUUUAAGAUUGAGCUUUUCCGCUUAGCCUUGAAACAAGCUCUUGGCAAGGAUCUAGAAUCUAUUUAUGUGGAGGAGCUGGGGCGGGAGAUGUCGAAAAAAGAAAUUUUUGAUGCCUUAGUCACCGAUCCGAUGAUGGGUGCAAUAGAGGUAGACUGGAGGGAUUUCUUCCCGUAUCUAAGGUGGGUUCCUAAUAGGAACAUGGAAAUGAAGAUUCAGAGAAUGGUCACUCGCAAGAGAGCAGUGACAAGGGCCCUGAUCAAUGAACAGAAGAAACGCAUUGCACUUGGAGAGGCAAUAAACUGCUAUCUGGACUUUCUACUCUCUGAAAACACACUGACAGAGGAGCAAGUCGCCACCUUGAUUUGGGAAGCAAUAAUUGAGGCCUCUGACACAACUUUGGUCACAACAGAAUGGGCUAUCUACGAACUUGCUAGGAAUCCGAAGUGUCAGGAUCGCCUUUAUCGUGAAAUCCAAGAAGUAUGUGGUUCCAAGAUGGUUACCGAGGAACACCUGCCGCAGCUACCAUACUUGAAUGCUGUUUUCCAUGAAACUACGAGGAGGUAUUCUCCUGUUCCUGUUGUUCCUCUUAGAUAUGCCCAUGAAGACACCCAACUAGGUGGCUAUGACGUUCCGGCUGGGACACAGAUUGCCAUCAAUCUUUAUGCAUGUAAUAUGAACAGAAAGGACUGGGAUGAACCUAAAGAAUGGAAGCCCGAGAGAUUUCUAGGGGGCAAUUUUGAACCAAUGGACCUGCACAAGACGAUGGCUUUUGGAGCAGGAAAAAGAGCAUGUGCUGGAUCUUUGCAGGCAAUGCUAGUUUCUUGUACAGCCAUUGGUAGAUUCAUACAAGAGUUCGAGUGGAGACUGAAAGAAGGAGAGGAAGAUAACAUAGACACUGUUCAGCUCACCACCCACAAACUUCAUCCUAUGCAUGCAUACAUAACCCCAAGAGCAAUGAAUCGUUCAGGACUGCAGUCAUCCUGAAUCAUUCUCUGCUUUUUUCUUCUUAUGCUUUUCUGAUUACAUGUGUGUUAGCAUCUUUGUUUCAUUAAGCUUAUCAAACAAAUACUGGUGUUCCUGGUCUAGAAUUUCAUAUGAAAUAUGAUGUAAUUCUGUGUAUAUUGCAGUUUUCAGGCUAUUUAGCAACUCUGCCCACUGGCCGAUUUUAUUUGUCACCUUAAUGAAUUAUCCAGAUUUAUUGGCAUA